UCCAUGCGCACAGCGCGCCCCUCCCAGCGCCGUCGUUAGCCCGGCGUGAGCGCUGCCAGCUGUUCGCGCAUCCAGCAGCGCUGCAGGAGGACCUCGCCUGUGUUCCCCGGUUCCCGGACACGGGGCGCAGGAGCCUUCAGCAACCAGAGGUGAACAGCGCUACUCAGAAGGAAAGGUUGGUGCCAUGUGGAAGGUGAUCGUUUUCAUGGUCCUGAUGACAUUCAGCCCCUGUGAUGGGCUGUUUCAGUCCAUAUACCGGAAUGCCCAGGUUUCCAUGCCACCUAAAGGAGAUACGGGACAGCCAGUGUUUGUUACCCCUUACAUAGAAGCUGGGAAGAUCGAGGAAGGGAAAAAAGCGAGUUCGGUGAGCCCCUUUGGAGGACUGGACGUGGAAAGUUACGCGGGCUACAUCACGGUGAACGAGACCUGGAACAGCAACCUGUUCUUCUGGUUCUUCCCGGCACAGAUACAACCAGAGAAUGCCCCAGUUGUCCUCUGGCUCCAGGGCGGGCCAGGAGGUUCAUCCAUGUUUGGACUCUUUGUGGAACACGGACCUUAUGUUGUCACAAAGAACAUGACUGUUCAUGCCAGAGACUUCGCUUGGUCCACCACGCUUUCCAUGCUGUACAUCGAUAAUCCGGUGGGCACAGGCUUCAGUUUUACUGAUGACACCAUAGCAUACGCAGUCAAUGAGGAUGAUGUGGCCAGAGAUCUGUACAGUGCACUAAUUCAAUUCUUCCAGUUGUUUCCUGAGUAUGAAAAGAAUGAUUUUUAUGCUACUGGGGAGUCUUAUGCAGGGAAAUACGUACCAGCCAUUGCACACUAUAUCCACUCCCUCAACCCUGUUCGGGAAUUCAAGAUCCACCUGAAAGGAAUCGCCCUUGGAGAUGCAUAUUUUGAUCCUGAAUCGAUUGUUGGGGGCUACGCAGCAUUCCUGUAUGAAAUUGGCUUGCUGGAUGAGAGGCAGAAAAAGUACUUCCAGAAGCAGAGCGAUGAGUGCAUAAAACACAUCAAGGAGCAGAACUGGCUCAAGGCCUUUGAAGUACUGGAUAAUCUGUUAGCCGGUGACUUAACCAGUAAGCCUUCUUUCUUCGAGAAUGUGACGGGAUGCACUAGUUACUAUAACAUUUUACAGUGCACGGAUCCUGAGGAACAAAGUUACUAUGGGAAAUUUUUGUCACUCCCAGAAGUGAGACAAGCUAUCCAUGUGGGAAACCGGACUUUUAACGAUGGAGCUGAUGUUGAAAAGUACUUGCGAGAAGACACAGUACAAUCAGUUAAGCCGUGGCUAACUGAAAUCAUGAACAACUACAAGGUUCUGCUCUACAAUGGCCAACUGGACAUCAUCGUGGCAGCUUCCCUGACGGAGCGCUCCUUGAUGACCAUGGACUGGAAAGGAACCCAGAAAUACCCGAGGAUACGAAGAAAAGUUUGGAAGAUCUUUAAAUCUGAUAACGAAGUGGCUGGUUAUGUCCGGCAAGUGGGUGACUUCCAUCAGGUCAUUGUUCGAGGUGGAGGACACAUUUUACCCUAUGACCAGCCUCUGAGAGCUUUUGACAUGAUCAAUCGAUUCAUCUUUGGAAGAGGAUGGGAUCCUUAUAACUGAUAAACUACUCUUCCAAAUGAGAACAUCAAGAAUUUUCAUCUUUGAAAAGAAAUUUUGGAAAACAAAAUGUCCCAGAUAAGAAAGUUAUUUUAUAUUUACAAGAAUUUUCUUAACAAUAAAAAUUAAUUACCCUUGAAA